CUCACUCACUGCUCUGAUACCAUGAUAAAAGAUAUAUUUUUAUGAAGUUUAUUGAUAUAUUCUCUUUAUUUAUAUAGGAGAGAGGAUUUUUCUUAAUAAAGUAGCUAGAUUUCCUUCUGUAGUUGAAAAUUUUUUAUCUACUAUCAGUGAUAUCAUUUUGAGCAAUGUAGUGCAUCAACUAAUCAACUCAAUAAUAUUAUUAUCGUGAAACAAUGUUGAGUGCUUUAAUGACUUAGCUCGGUUGUUUUCUAAACAAUGUUGAAUAUCAAUGGGGCAUUGCCAGUUUAUUUUUGCUGGAUUUGGCUCAUUAAUAUCUGUUCCGGGAUACCUGAUUCACUAUGGAUGUGGAUUUUGUUAUCCUUAAAGGCUGACCGAGAAAAGUCAAAUGGUUAGUUUAUUGAUAAAAAUUACUACUGCAAGAAAUGUCUAAACAAUCAUAUGACUUCUUUUGCCUGAAACCUUUGUAGAUAGUAUCAGUGUGGUUGUGCCUGGUCAUAUAUGAGAUGUGAACAAAGAUAUGAGUAGAAGCAGACGGUUUUCUUAGCUAUAAUUUUCGUGAUCUCUACAGUCGUUCUUUAGAUCAGACAGCCAAGUUGUAGGUAGUAGUCUAUGACUCAUACAAGUCAGGUGCUUAACCUUUUUUGUCUCACAUUCUUCCUUUAAUCUAAUGCAGGAUCAAGGAGCUGGUAGCCAGUGGUUCAUCAUCUGAUAGCCGCAUGUUUGGUGAGCCAUCGAAGCUGGAAUCUGUUAAACUGCAUGACCUUCAUCCUGCAUCUUGGUAUGUUCCGUAAUUAAUACUCUUAUGUGAACUUUAUUGAAUAGAUUUAUGGAAGUUUGCUUCUCAUGUUAUAUGCUUAUUGCAUAUACAGUUGUGAUUCUCUUUUUUUGUUUUCAGGUACUGACUGCGUCGCGUGGUACCCUAUAUAUCGUAUACCUGAUGGUAGUUUUCAUGCUGCUUUUUUAACGUAUCACUCUCUCGGCCAUUUUGUUCAUCGAAGUUCCCCAGAAAGUGGCCAUGGUCUUUCAGAAGAUGUAGUUUCUCCAGUUGCAGGUCUGCAGACAUACAAUCAUAAGGGAGAGUCUUGGUUUCAACUAUGGGACAUGAAUUCAAAGGUCGUCCAGUCUGAAGAUGUCAAUCAUUCAGAUACCUCGGAAUUAAUAAAGGAGAGGUUGAGGACGCUCAGGCAAACUGCAUCUGUGUUGGCCAGGGCAGUAGUUUCCAAGGGCAAUCAGAGAUAUGUGAACCGGCAUCCAGACUACAACUUCUUUGUAUCACGGAGUGGGUAGAGGGUCCUUGAUUAGAAGAUUAUCAUCCCAGCUUCCAGUAAUUUUGUGACAAUGCUGAUGCUAAUUGUUAUAGGUAACACAUAAUUUUACUCCUUUUUCUAGUGUUUCCAACCUAGGCAGGAUACCAGGCAAAAAGCAACUUCUUGACUUGCUUCUUUUGUUUGUGUGUGUCAUCCCUCUGUAAUUUACUUUUGACAUCGACUCUGUUUAUGCUUUGAUGGUUUGUGAAACUCAGGAUUGUGUCCUAAUGUAUGUAAGCAGAUACAAGGUGAAUUAUUCAGAGGGAAAAUGAGAUC